AUGGAAUGGUCCAAAGAACAAAUUGCACAAUUUUUGGAGCUGUACGAAGGUGAGCCAUCUAUAUGGAAUCCAAGUGAUGCAAAUCACAAAAUUCAGAACCAUGUUCAUGAUGCUUGGGGAAGAAUUUCAAAAAACUUAAGUGGAGCUGAAUAUUCAAUAAGUGAACUAAAAAAAAAAAAAAAAAGAUUCACUUAUUGGGACUUACAGAAAAUUGUCAUUGAAGGUCAAGGCUAG